AUGGCAUCAAGCUUAACCUUCAAAGCCGAAUCUCACAAGGCGCAAUGCGUCGAAAUAAUGGCAGAUGACAACUUCAACGGCAACUUCCCGGAAGACGCCUCGGAAGCAUGGGUCCCUAAGCAACCGAAUUUCAUACUGCAGCUUGCCACUCCACACUCAGACAAACGCAACGUGUGUCUCAUAGCGGCUCACUAUCCCCACCCCGACGACCCAGACCAAGAGGGCCGCACCGGGAUAUCCUAUGAUCUGCGCGCGCACAACAACCUCAAUAAGCUGAGGGAAUUGGCUAGCAACAAAGGUGUCUUUCAGGGAGUCGAGGACUGUGUGCACGACAACGGUGCAAGAGUUGUCAUGUGGUUCGCAAUACUCACAAGUGGCAAAGCUGAUGUCACCAACGAGGAUACGAUGAUUCCUCUAUCGGUUAUUUGGGCUUGGGAUAAGGCUGAUAAGAAGUAUGAGCCUACGUCCCUGGAACAAGCAGGUUAG